CUUUGUGUUCUUAAUUUUCUACUAUUACAUAAAAUUUUUUAAGAACGCAAAAAUGGCUUUUGGUAAUUGCACUGAAAUGUGAGCCAAAAUCUAGUCUCCAUCUUACUACUGAAACUACCCUUCCGAAAUACGUGACAUUUUGAUCGCAACAUGGUACAUUCCUCGAACUGCCCCAGUGGUGCUUAAUUUAAUUAGACGCUUGUAUUUUAACGUUGCGCCCGCACAUCUCCUAAGUAGUACAAACGCAAUUGGGAACCGUCAGAUUAGUCACGUAGUGUCGGUUCGUAGUGGUCCAGUACCUCACUCCAGUAGUUCAGUGCUCUUUCAGUCUUCGCGACGAUCGGUGUAGUUUGUAACCUUAGAUUGUGAGUGUCGAAUUUGAGUGUUCAUUGAAAGUUAGUGUUUUCUGUCUCGAAGGAAACGCGAAAAUGGUUUCAAACAAGAUAAAAUUAAAUUUGGCAAGGAAUCAGAUCGUUAUUCUUCGUCUUGUUCUUAUUCGUGGUCAUCCUGGUCUCUCGAGGAUGAACAUGAAGACGCUAUCGAUAUUGUUCGAAGAGGGAGAGAAAUCUGCAAACUAAUUCCGGGAGACAAGAAUGUCAUUCUGAGAGGCCAUCUCUUGACGAAGUUGAUUGCCGGUGAAGAAGGGAGAUAUCCUAUGACCUUUGUAGGAAGGGUCCAGCGAUACUUUCAACGCAAAAACGACUGCCAUCAAUUUUUUUCAGACAGAGGAUUCAUGAUUAGAUUCGGACCAUGGAUAGAGGCCUCCUUCAGGAAACGUCCGGAGGACGCGUGGUAUUUUAAUAAAACCGUGCAAAAUACUGUCGAGGAUAAACCCUAUUCUCGGUGCUGCUGGCACCAGGAGUACUCGUGGAUUGCGUCCGAACAAAAAUACUAUGUACGCGGAUUCUGGGCCACUAAAAUCUUCAAACAUCCAUUGUUGGUUGAGGAUUCAUCUCUAAAAAAACUACUCGAGCAAAACACUCUUCAACUUGUUCAAGACAGAAAAAUUUGCAUGUUUCAGGCAUUGCCGAGUAUUCCACCCUUCCAAGGCUUCACUUCCUCAACAGAUACCCUCAAGUUGACGUUUGUUCAAAGAUUCCACAAAACCGCGGGAGGCGUCUACCACCAGGUUGGAUCUUGGCAAUUGAUAAACAGUAUAGAUCUUCCAGAAUUAUGGGAGCAAGUCGGGCCCGAGGGUAACAUAUUCGGAGAGAAUGUUCGUGAACCAUCCGCUGAGAGUACCAAGGAAGUGGAAGCAGGGACAGUCAAUGCAGAAGACAGCGAGGAGGACUGGUUUUAG